CUCCUUUCAACCAACUGAGCACAGGCUCCUUCAGCAGCUAUGGAGGCUUCUCGCUCGCCAACCUCAUCUACAGCAGCGUCACCAUUUGACAAAGCGGAUGCCGACGUCAUUGUACGCACUUCAGACAUGGUCGACUUCCAUGUCUUCAUGGUCAUCUUGCGGUUUGCGUCGCGGUUCUUCGAGGACAUGUUCUCACUUCCCCAGCCUGUCCAUCCCGAGGAUCAUUGCGAACAAAGCAGCCGAGUUCCCAUCAUUCCCGUUACCGAGGACAGCGCGACUCUGGAUUGCCUACUCCGCUUGUGCUACCCGAUACCAGAUCCGGUCAUAGGAGAUGCCGCCCAGAUGGGCGCGGCGUUGGAAGCCGCUAUGAAGUAUCAGAUGGAACAGGCCACGAACCUGCUGAAGCAGCAGUUUGGCCAGAUCACAGCUGCCAGUCCGGUCCGUGCAUAUGCGGUGGCGUGCCUUUUCAACCUCGAGCAUGAGGCAAGGCUUGCUGCGAGAGCUACGGUCAGCAUCCAAUGCAUACAGUACGAUGCAGAGAUGGACAAGAUACCUGCCGGAGCUUUUCAUCGUCUAUUGGAAUAUCGUCGUAUCGGCGGCCCAACUGACGAUCGGGAUUUUUGUCGACCCAUCCGUGCAAAUCCUGCAAUUCCCCCAUCGAUUGACGAGCUACGUUCCUUUGAAGGCUGGCAGAGUCACCCAGAUAGAGGAGUCUCAGGGGAGACUGCACCUUCGCCUAGGGCAUUAUUGUCACCAUCGCAGUCAGUCAACCUACCACCUGCCGACAUGAUCGUGCUAUCUUCGGACGCAGUGCAAUUCCAUGUCCACAGGACCCUUCUCACAUACUCCUCACCAGUCUUCGCGGACCUUAUAGGCGAGACCACCGCAACUCUGCAAUUGGAUGCGACGUCUCAGGAUAUCCCGACGGUUGCUCUGGAAGAGCGCAGUGACAACCUGUCGAGGCUGCUCUUGUGCUGCUAUUUUAGCGGAGACCCGGAAUUGGGAGACUUUCAGGUCGCAAUUGACAUUUUGAAGAGUGCGACCAAGUACAAGUUGGCGAGAGCCAUGCAGGCGGCGAAGCGAAGAGUGAUGGAUCACCUUGAUAUGGAUCCUGUGCGUGUGUACUUCGCCGCGAGCCAGUACGGAUGGGAGGAAGAGGCACAGGUUGCGGCCAGACAUGCUAUCUACGAGAGAGAGGACUCCUAUUGUCCAGAAAUGGAGGAAGUUUCGGCAGCCAAAUAUCAUCGCCUGCUGGUUUACCGCCAGAAGUGCAUAGAUAUCAUCCGAGGACGCUGGGGAUAUCUGUCUCUCUCGAUCCAGCCCUACGAGUGGGGUAAUCGGGGCCGCAUCAGCAAUAACCAGCAGUCAUUUAGUCACUUCUUCCAAGGACACCGGAUAAAAACACCGGAACAACCUCGCUCUACCGCAUUAAUCGCAAUUCCGGUUAUACAGAGAUACACUGGUAACAUGGAUGGCAUAAUUACCGAAAGCAUGACAUUCUAUGAUGCCGUACAAGAGGAUAUCGCUCAAAUUGUGUUUUGA